CUGCGCACUGCGGAAGUUCCUCUUCUUACUCUGCACCCAGAGCCUGGCUGAAGAGGACAAGGGCAGGAGGCACCAUGAGUGGGGGGCCUGUGGGAGGCAGGUCUGGGGGUCGCGGAGGACCAGGGGUUCAGCAGAACAUACCCUCCACACUGCUCCAGGACCACGAGAACCAGCGACUCUUCGAGAUGCUGGGUCGGAAAUGCUGGACACUGGCCACUGCCGUUGUUCAACUGUACCUGGCAUUGCCUCCUGGAGCUGAACACUGGACCAAGGAGCAUUGUGGGGCUGUGUGCUUCGUGAAGGAUAACCCCCAGAAGUCCUACUUCAUCCGUCUUUAUGGCCUUCAGACUGGCCGGCUGCUCUGGGAACAAGAGCUGUACUCACAGCUGGUCUACUCCACUCCUACCCCCUUCUUCCACACCUUUGCUGGAGAUGUGAGUGACCCCUCAACCCCUGGACCCCAGGUGGAAUGUGGGGAGGAGAUGGGAAAGGUGCCGGGCGGUGGGGGGGCCUCUGGGCAGUUGGGGGGGCCUGGAAGGCUAUUGAGCCCAAGAUGUGUGCAGGCCUGCCAGGCAGGGCUGAACUUUGCAGACGAGGGCGAGGCCCAGGUCUUCCAGGCCCUGGUGCAGGAGAAGAUCCAAAAAAGGAAUCAGAGGCAAAGUGGAGACAGACGCCAGCUACCCCCACCACCGGCACCAGCCAAUGAAGAGAGAAGAGGAGGGCUCCCACCCCUGCCCCCACACCCAGGUGGAGACCAAGGGGGCCCAGCAUCUGGCCAACUGUCCCUGGGACUAGUAACAGUGGACAUCCAGAACCCCGACAUCACGAGUUCACGAUACCGUGGGCUCCCAGUGCCUGGGCCUGGCCCAGCUGAUAAGAAACGCUCAGGGAAGAAGAAAAUCAGCAAGGCUGAUAUUGGUGCACCGAGUGGAUUCAAACACGUCAGCCACGUGGGGUGGGACCCCCAGAAUGGAUUUGACAUAAACAACCUGGACCCAGACCUGCGGAGUCUGUUCUCCAGGGCAGGCAUCAGUGAGGCCCAGCUCACGGAUGCUGAAACCUCCAAACUCAUCUACGAUUUCAUUGAGGACCAGGGUGGCCUGGAGGCUGUGCGGCAGGAAAUGAGGCGUCAGGAGCCUCUUCCACCUCCCCCACCGCCGUCCAGAGGAGGAAACCAGGCUCCCCGGCCCCCCACUAUGGGGAGCAACAGGGGUCGCUCUGGUCCACUGCCUCCUGUACCUUUGGGAGGUGCUCCGCCCCCACCAACUCCCCGGGCACCCCCACCCCCAGGCCGAGGGGGCCCUCCACCACCACCCCCUCCAGCCACUGGACGUUCUGGACCACCACCCCCUCCGCCCCCUGGAGCUGGAGGGCCCCCUGUGCCUCCACCUCCACCCCCACCGCCCCCACCCCCCAGCUCUGGGGAUGGGCCAGUCCCUCCCCCACCUCCUGCUCUGGGGCCUGUGGGGAACCUGGCCCCUGGUGGAGGCCGGGGGGCGCUUUUGGAUCAAAUCCGCCAGGGAAUUCAGCUGAACAAGACGCCUGGGGCCCCCGAGAACUCAGCACUGCAGCCCGCGCCUCAGAGCUCAGAGGGGCUGGUGGGAGCCCUGAUGCACGUGAUGCAGAAGAGAAGCCGAGCCAUCCACUCAUCAGACGAAGGGGAGGACCAGGCCGGCGACGAGGAUGAGGACGAUGAGUGGGACGACUGAGUCAACCACCCCACCUGUUCUGAGCCUUCUCUUCUGGCAGCUGCUGCUUGGUUCCCCCACUCCUGGCCUCCAGGCCUCUCAGGCCCUGUUUAUAUCCCACCAACCCUUCCAAUGCAGUUAAUUCUGACUAGCAGUAGCUAGGGCCCCUUUAUAUACAGACUAUCUCGGCUCUCCUCACAUUAAGGAUUUUGAAACCAAAAUAAAAUAACUGUCUUUCUGUUUC